AUGGCAUCAGGCGGUUCGCACCGCGAUCCGCUUCCUUUCUUCGGUCCAUCCACAUCCAUCCCCGAACUCACCCGACUCUCGCGCCUCUCCAGCCAAUCUGCUCCCGCCAGCUGUCACUGGAAGCUGUUCGACCGUCAGACUCGCUCUGAGUUGCUGUACCCACCGGGAGACGAUCGCGGACGGGUAGCCGUCUGGUCGCUUAAGAUCUCGCCGUCAGGCAAACGGCUAGCCGUCAUCUGGGGUUCGACAGUGACUAUUCUGUCACAUUACGAUGGGUAUUCGGCUCCCGUCGGCAGCUUCAGCAUUCCGUCAGGUGCUAUUCCGUCAGGAUCAGGCAGGGAUCGGGUUACCACAUCGACCAGUGUAACCGCGGAGUGGAGCGACGACGAGAGGGUCCUCGCUGUGAUUGGUCCCCGCGCUCUCUGGUUGCUGGACGCACAGGGGCUGCUGCUCGGCGAUUUGCCUGCUGCCACGUGGCAGCCACGGGGAUCCACCGUUGCAGGCUGUAUCCUACGAUCUGCACACGACUCGGAGCCUGACAGUGGAGUGAAAUCUUUAAGUGCCUAUGAAAUCAUUCUGGUCCUGUCCCACCCUCGCCCGCGCCUUUGGCGAGCUACAGUCUCCCUCCCACUGCCUCCCUCUGGCGAGCACGGGGCGAGUUCAGGAGUUUCAGGUGUUUCUUCAGGUGCUGCGUCAGGAGCCUGGGGUGCGCGAUCAGUGAGGGUGAAGGCGAGGGGGAGGGCGUAUCUGCUGGAGGGCAGGCAUCAGGGGAGCGUGGUUCGCUCAGACUUUCAUCCAGUGCUGAGUCUCCUUGCAGUGGCCGGCAUAUGCCCCUCUGGACAAAGCGUAUUCGCGUCCUCUCCAACCCCUUCUCCCCGAGACUUCCACCCAGUGCUGAGUCUCCUUGCUGUCGCCGGCAUAUGCCCCUCUGGACAAAGCGUAUUCGCGUCCUCUCCAACCCCUUCUCCCCGAGACUUCCACCCAGUGCUGAGUCUCCUUGCUGUCGCCGGCAUAUGCCCCUCUGGACAAAGCGUAUUCGCGUCCUCUCCAACCCCUUCUCCCCGAGACUUCCACCCAGUGCUGAGUCUCCUUGCUGUCGCCGGCAUAUGCCCCUCUGGACAAAGCGUAUUCGCGUCCUCUCCAACCCCUUCUCCCCGAGACUUCCACCCAGUGCUGAGUCUCCUUGCUGUCGCCGGCAUAUGCCCCUCUGGACAAAGCGUAUUCGCGUCCUCUCCAACCCCUUCUCCCCGAGACUUCCACCCAGUGCUGAGUCUCCUUGCUGUCGCCGGCAUAUGCCCCUCUGGACAAAGCGUAUUCGCGUCCUCUCCAACCCCUUCUCCCCGAGACUUCCACCCAGUGCUGAGUCUCCUUGCUGUCGCCGGCAUAUGCCCCUCUGGACAAAGCGUAUUCGCGUCCUCUCCAACCCCUUCUCCCCGAGACUUCCACCCAGUGCUGAGUCUCCUUGCUGUCGCCGGCAUAUGCCCCUCUGGACAAAGCGUAUUCGCGUCCUCUCCAACCCCUUCUCCCCGAGACUUCCACCCAGUGCUGAGUCUCCUUGCUGUCGCCGGCAUAUGCCCCUCUGGACAAAGCGUAUUCGCGUCCUCUCCAACCCCUUCUCCCCGAGACUUCCACCCAGUGCUGAGUCUCCUUGCUGUCGCCGGCAUAUGCCCCUCUGGACAAAGCGUAUUCGCGUCCUCUCCAACCCCUUCUCCCCGAGACUUCCACCCAGUGCUGAGUCUCCUUGCUGUCGCCGGCAUAUGCCCCUCUGGACAAAGCGUAUUCGCGUCCUCUCCAACCCCUUCUCCCCGAGACUUCCACCCAGUGCUGAGUCUCCUUGCUGUUGCCGGCAUAUGCCCCUCUGGACAAAGCGUAUUCGCGUCCUCUCCAACCCCUUCUCCCCGAGACUUCCACCCAGUGCUGAGUCUCCUUGCUGUCGCCGGCAUAUGCCCCUCUGGACAAAGCGUAUUCGCGUCCUCUCCAACCCCUUCUCCCCGAGACUUCCACCCAGUGCUGAGUCUCCUUGCUGUCGCCGGCAUAUGCCCCUCUGGACAAAGCGUAUUCGCGUCCUCUCCAACCCCUUCUCCCCGAGACUUCCACCCAGUGCUGAGUCUCCUUGCUGUCGCCGGCAUAUGCCCCUCUGGACAAAGCGUAUUCGCGUCCUCUCCAACCCCUUCUCCCCGAGACUUCCACCCAGUGCUGAGUCUCCUUGCUGUCGCCGGCAUAUGCCCCUCUGGACAAAGCGUAUUCGCGUCCUCUCCAACCCCUUCUCCCCGAGACUUCCACCCAGUGCUGAGUCUCCUUGCUGUCGCCGGCAUAUGCCCCUCUGCUGACAAACCAUCCCCCACGCGCCCCCCCACGUCCCUCCUCCUGUUCAUCUGGCUCAUCCCCGACCCGCACCACCCUCUCCUCCCGCCCUCAUUCCUCUGCCUCCUAAGCUUCUCAGAUUCUCAUUUCCUCCUUCUUGUUCCUUUCCCCCCCCCGUUCUUCCCCUGCAGCUCGGGAUCCUCUCUAGGGUUUUGGGACGAGGGUUUAGAGGGGGAGGAGGAUGAGGAGGACGACGAGGAAGGGGAGGAGGCGGUAGCAGAAGUGAGAUUCUCCCCUGAUGGGGGGUCACUAGCGGUGGUACACCACCGGGGGGCUUUGUCUCUUAUGCGGAUGUCGGCUAAGGAUUCUGAGCUCAUGCUGCUGCCUAGGAGUGCGGGGAGAACUGUGGGUGUUCCCUCUGGGGCUGCGGUGGAGGAGGAAGGGAGUGUGGUGGAGAGGGGUGUGGAGGAGUGGGGUGUGAUGAAGGACGGGACGGAAGAAAAGGACGGAGAGGAGGGGAUGAAGGAGAAGGGAGAGGAAGGGACACAGCAGAGGAAAGCAGUGCGGUUCCGAAUGGUGCAAGGCGGUGUGGUGGAUUGUGUCAUCAGUGUGACAUGGCUCAGCACAGAUACCAUAGCAGUAUCCCAUCGCUCAGGGAGAGUAGCCAUAGCCACUGUGCACGAUCUAAGCAAUCUCACCGGCCCGUUCCCUCUAGUCUUCGGCCCCCGGGCGGUCCUCUGCUCGUCCAAUCUCCUCACGCCACGUGGCAGCAGCAGGUCUGGAGUGUACCCGCGAGGGGUGAUUGUUCUAGAGCCGGUUGCGAGACGGGUGUCGGUUCCUGAUUGGGCGAGAGGGACCUUUGGAAACGGGACUGAUUCUCAUGGGGAGGGGGUGCUGGAGAACGGGUGGCGGGUUUUGUCUCUUGUGGAGCAGCUGGCGGCGGUUAUGGUGCGGGUGUUAACUGAGGAAGGUAGACUUGGGGACGCGCUGGGGAUGGCUCGGGCGGCAGGGUUGCAUUCGGAUGUGGUGUUUAAGGCUGCUUGGACGAGCAUGGGUAUAGGAAUUUCUGCAGGAGAAGCAGCAGGGGAAGGAAGAGGAGGAAGAGGAGGAGGACGAGGAGGAGGAGCAGGAGUAGGCGAGAGUCGGAGGUUGUUGGGAGGAGACAGGGGACUUGCGGGUACGGAGGAGGAAGGGAAAGAGGAGGGGAAUGAUGUGGAGGAGGGGAGUGAGGAGGAGAGAGAGGAGGAGGAAGAGGAGGAGGUAUCAACAAUCACAGACUACCUCUCUCGGGUAUCCGACACUCCAUGGGUGGUGCGGGAGUGUGUGAGUGUGGUAUGCCGCACUGCCAAGGGCAUGGAUUUGCUGCUAAGUCUGGGACUUCGAGCCACUAGCAGUCUCAAGGAGGAAACCCUAAAAGCAGCAGCUGCUGGUGUGGCAGCAGGAGGAGCAGGAGGAGCAGGAGCAGGAGCAGGAGCAGGAGCAGGAGUAGGAGUAGGAGGAGAAGCAGCAAGCCCUGCAAGGGCACAAGCAGCAGGGGCUGGAGAUGCAGUGACACGAACGAGUGUGAAGCUAUCAGCCAUUCUAGACUCUCACAAAACUGCUGCUCUAGCUGAACAGCACAGGGUUCAGUCUCCUGCUUCAUUUGCUGCUGCUGGUGCGGGUGGGGGGAGGGGCAGGCGUGGCGGAGCCUCGGCCCGAGCCUCCGGCGCAGGCUUGGAGCCGCUAGGUCCGGAGCAGCAGGAGGCAGUGGCGAGCGCGCUGCUAUUGGUGGAAGCUGGGGCUGUCCUUGCCACGUAUGAGCUCCCCACACCUUACACCGCCCUCGUCCAAUCCCGCAGCGACACGUCAGCAGCCCUCCAGCUCCUCCGCAGCCUCCUCUCUGCCUUCUCCCGCCGCCAGCUGCCGCCGGAGGAUCCCGACUGGCUGGAUAUCUUCCGCCACGUCAGCACUCUCAAACACUCCGCGUUCCUCCCCCUCCCCCCAGUCUUUCUCCCUUCGGAAAUGGCCAGAGUGCUUCUGAGGGAAGGGAGAUUCGCGCUAGCCAGGCAGUUUUUGAGAAGCGGGAAGGGUGGGGAGAGUGGGGGGGGUGGGAGAGGAAGAGGGGGAGGGGAGGACGUGUGGUUGGAGGGAGAUGCGAUGAUGAGUGAGGAUCGGGUAGAGGCGCUUGUGAUCGGUGCUGCCAGGAACUUCUUCUAUUCCUCCCCGACACUCGACUCCCCAGAUUCAACUCAAAGGGGAGGGAAAGAGUGGUUGGAGGGAGAAGCGGUGUUGAGUGAGGAUCGGGUGGAGGCGCUGGUGAUCGGUGCUGCCAGGAACUUCUUCUAUUCCUCCCCGACACUCGACUCCCCAGAUGUGGAGGCGCUGGUGAUCGGUGCUGCCAGGAACUUCUUCUACUCCUCCCCGACACUGGACUCUCCAGAUAUCCACAGUGCCUUUGCCUGUCUGGACAUUCUCCCUCGCAACCCAGCAGCAGCAGCGGAGCGCCAGACCUUCUCAGCACCAACUUCCUUAAGCACAGCAGCAGCGGAGAGGCAGCUCUUCUCAGCCCUUGUCAUCGACCUCCCAGCCUGUGGCCUCCACCUGCUGCCCCUCCACCUGCGCCAAACCCGCGACCGACUCGAUAUUAUACACCAAGUGCUCAACCUCUGCCCGUUCCCUCCUAUCACCCCCCUCACCACCACCACCACCACCACCACCUCCUCUUACUCCUCCUACCAAUCCUCUUACUCCUCCUCUCACGCCUCCCCUUACUCGCCCUCCUCGGCCUCCUCCCCCUUCGCUCCAGUCUUUACCGUCGAUCUCACCAACACAGGGGCUCCCGAGGUUCUCACCCUGGCCUGGAAAUUAGGGCUGACGUCAGCAGCGGAUGAAGGGAGGGUGCUAGAGGCGGUGGCACGAGCAGCAGCAGCAAGGGCGGAUAUUAGAACGGCUAGAAAGGUUGUUCAGGAGCUCAUGAGUAGGAGCUAUGGAGGGAUAUGGGAUCUGUGUGCUGCUUUGGCUAGGGGACCGGCUAGUAAGGGGGGCAGGGGGGGUUGGGGAGGCAGGGGCGGGGGGCUGGGAGGGUUGGAGAGGCAGGGAGGGAGGUUAGGGAGUUGGAUGCAGGGGCAGCUGCAUAGGGGGAAGCUGUCGCGAUCGGCUGUGGAGUUGGGUGCGGGUGAAGGGAGAAGGGGUGGUGUGAGGGGGAGAGGUGGGAAGGGUUCGGAGAGGGUGGAUGGGAGUGAUGAUGGGGUGAUGAGCAGCGAUGGUGGGAGUGGUAGCAGCAGCAGCACGAGUCUGAGCGCUAUGAUUGGUGGAGCAGCCGCUUCUGCAACUGAUCUGUCUGCUGAUGUCAGCGUGGAUGAGUCCACCAGCAGUGCAGCAAGCACUGCUGCUGACGUGGACGCUGACGUGGAUGCUGACGUGGACGAUGGAUCCGACGACAUCAGCAUGCCAAUCCGGCGGGAGUUCCUAGGGUUUUCUCUGGCUCAUUGCGACGAAGCUUCCCUCCCGGACCUGCUAGCCUCGUGGCAAGGCUUGGAUGCCACAGAACGGUGCGUGGCGCUAGGUGCGGCGACGGGCUUGGUAGUCCCAGGCCUGCGAGAGCAGGAGGCGCUUCUCCCGGACCUAGCUGCUGGCCGAGCCUCGGGCAAGUGGGAAGGCACGGAAGUGCUGGUGGUUCCCGAAGCUGCCACAGCCCCUGCUACAGCCAGUGCUACAGCCGGGAGCAGCAGCAGCAGCAGUAUCAAAACCCGGGGGAAGGGAGGGAGCUCUGGUCUUACCACCAGCUCUGGCAGAAAACUGGUUAGUCUGGGUGGGGGCCGGGGGGCGAUCGGGAGGGAUGUGGGGAGGAGGGCGUUGGCGCUGGUAUCGAGUGACGGGGAGGCGUGGGGGGAUAAGAAGUGGGAGGAGGUGCCACGACUGCUGCUGCCGUUUGCCUGCCUGCACUUGCCCUGGAUGCUCCAGGUGAAAACCCGCCGUGCUGCUGCUGCCGCCGCCGCCGCUGCUGCUGGGGUUGCUUCUAGAACUGGAGGGGCAGCAGCAGUAGCAGUAGCAGCAGCAGCAGUAGAAGGCAGAGGAGGAGGUGGAGGAGGAGGAGGAGUGGCAGAAGCAGCAGCAGGAGGAGCGUUAGCAGCAGCAUCAGCUGCAGCAGAUCCGAUAGUCGAGCAGAUUGUGGUGCUGAUUCUGCACGUGCUCGCGUCCUGCCAGGUGUCGCCCUCUGAUAAGCUCCUGACUGAAGCCGCCCGGAGCGCCCUAAUCGCCGGGGACAUAGUCUCUGCUGCAGCAGCUGCGGCUGGUCUGUUGGGGGGGGCAAAUGGAGCAGGAUUAAGGGGAGUGGGUGGAGUAGGGACAGGAGGAUCAGGUGGUUUGUCAGGUGGUGGGUCAGGUGGUGGGUCAGGUGGCGGGUCAGGUGCCGAAUCAGGUGGAGGGAGCAAUGCUAGUGGUUCUGGGGCAGGGGAUACAAGGGAAGUGAGCCCAACUGCCGCUGUUGCAUCUGCUGAGGUGGCAGCGUGUGAUUCGCUGGCGAUGGCGUUUCUGCUGCAGGCCGGGGAUUCAGUGCGGGCGGCGGGGGUGAUCGAUGCUGAGAUGGCGAAACGGGACGGGGCAGAUGCUAAGAGGCGGUUCGUGCUGCUGCUGCUGCAAUUUUCUUCUCUUCACGCCACGCUCUUCCUGCUUGCUGCUCAGGCCAACGAGGCAGCGUUUGUGGGAUCGCUGCUGCUGCUGCCACCAGUGCUGCUCGCGCGUGUGGCAGGGGAAGCUUCCAGGAAGGAGGAGCAGCUGGGAGAGACUGGAGCCCUGGGUUCCAGACCAGCGGUUAAGAGCUCUGCCCGUGCGCGCCAGCUGUGCAAGCGGUGGUGUGAGGUGGCGCUGACGAUGCAGGGGCGGCUGCGAGUGGUGGAGGACACGGGGGCGCUGCGCGCACUGCUGCCCCGCGCUGACGUGGCGCGUUUCGUGGCGCGUGACGUGGCGUACAUGGAAGCUGCUAUCGCCUCAUUGGUCGAUGAGACUGCUGCUGAUGCUGCUGCUGCUGCUGCUGGGGGAAGAGUCAUGACUGAGGCAGUGGGCCCCAUGCCUCACUCCCUGGCCUCCGCCCUCUCCCUCGCUCACCUCUACCACAUUGACUCCUGGCAGGUCCAUCUGACGUAUGUCCGCUCGGUGCUGCUCUCUGAUUGGCCGGCGCAAGAUAUCAUUGCUGAGGUGGAGGCACACAAAGCCGCCAUCUGUACUCGUCCCACCGCAGCCUUCUCCUUCCUCUGGACCUCCGUGCUCCCCCGCUUUCUCACUCAAAUACAGACAACAUCACACACCGACACAGGGUUACACGCUCAGAAACACCCCCCCACACUCCCCACCCUCGCCCCCUACCUCCUCCGCCUCCUCUCCCACUGCCUCCUCUCCUCCCUCUCCCCUCCUGCUCCUCCCUCCUCCCCUCUCACCCCCUCCCCUCCUCUCUCCCGCCCGCUCUCCCUCCCGCUCCCACCAACCCCUCUCACCGCACUCAACUCCUUUGUAUCAUCAGCGCAGAGCGCAGCAUCUCUUUCUCCCAGGCUCUCUCUUUUAGCAGAGCAGCUUGAGAAGGCAGGGGGGCUUGAACCGCCGUUGAAUGGGUGGGUGCUUCUGGGGGCGGCUGUUGCUGGUGCAGACACAGCAGCAGCAGCAGCAGCAGCAGCAGCAGCAGCAGCAGCAGCAGCAGCAGCAGCAGCAGCAGCAGCAGCAGCAGCAGCAGCAGGAACAGCAGCGAGCAGUGUUGUUGCUAGUGCAGCGGAAGAGAAGGGCAGUGGUGGCAUUAACGAGGUGGAGAGAGUGGUUGAGAGGGAGAUAGAGCGGUGCUUUGAUGGGUCUUCCGUUCUGGCUGCUGCUGAGAUAAUCUUGUCUCUUGCUGACGCUGCUACUUCCACUGCAGCAUUACCUGACGCUGCAAGAGCAGGGACAGCAGGAGGGUCAAGCGACCUGGACUCACAAACCCACUUUAACCAGAGCCACUUGCUCUGGCUCUUUGCUAAGUGCCAGUUGAGACAGGCUGGCGUGCUUGCUGAUUCAGAGACCUCGAAUGUUAUGAUUGAAGAGAGGAGAGGCGAUGGGGGGGCGGUGGUGGCAAUGGCAACUGGUGGGAAGCAGGACAGCAAGGCGGGUAGGGAAGAAACCGGAGAGGCAGGUGGGAAGGGAAGCGGGAAAAACAGGAAGUUGACUUUAGAAGGGCUGCAGUCCGCGCGUGUGGCUAUGGCUGGGUCUUUAUCCUUGCUCUCAGAAAGAAAGCGGCGGGAAUUCAUGCGUCUGCUGCUGCGAGGAUGCGAGCGGUGGGUUCUAGAAGCAUGCUUUGCAGGGGAAGGCAGUGGAGGGAAGAGAAGUGGGGUGAGAGGAGGUGGCAGUGGGAAGAAGGGGAGGGAAGGGAGGGGUGGGAGAGGGAGGGAGGGAGGAGAGGUGUGGAGGGGUGUGGAGCUUUGGCUAGAUGUUGUGGGGGAUUGGAUGGGGUGUCACGGUGGGAGGUUGGAGGGGGGAGAAGGGAAGGAGGAAAGGGAGGAGAGGGAGGAGUGUGUGGUGGAGUGUGGGAGAUGCAUUCAGAAGCUGCUGACUUAUGGGGUCGUGACACGUCAGCAAGGUGUGCUGCUCCUCCGGUUCCUCUCGGACUCAUUGCUGAACACCCAAGGGUCCUUGGAUGGGAGCAAAACCACUGCCACGUCAGCUGCCAGAUCAGCUGCCACAUCAGCAGUCCAGUCAGCACAAGUGACGGGCAAUCAAGCUCAGGGCUAUUCACCCUUACAUGAAGACAAAAUCGCUCCUGCACGCGCUUUAACCCUGGCUUUAAUGCGUCAGAUGGUUCUCGUGGGAUGCCCCUUGCUCGCCCUAGUCGCCCUAGCCCAGGCCACACACGGUCGUGACAGCUGGCAGCUGCCUAUUGGGGCUAAACCACGGCGCCGUGUGCUGACGUCAGCAAGGUCUGCAGGAGCCAAUCAGGGAGCAGGACGAGCAGGCAGGAAAAUUGGGAGAGGAAGGGAGGUAGGAGUAACGGCAGGUGCUGCAUCCAGGAAUCUUCCCGGUGAUGCGGGCAGCGAGACGGGGAGCACGGGCGGCGAACAGGAGGAGUUUGCCAUGGGUGACGUCAGCAUGGCGGCUGGUGACGCCAGCAGGGGAGGCAGGAAGGCGGGGAGAGGACUGCGUGGGCGGGGAGGGAGGGCUGGUAGGACUAGUAGGGGAGGAGGGGGGAGAAGGGGAGAGGAGGAGGAGGAGGGAGAAGGAAAGAGUGAGAAAGAGAAAGAGGAAGACCCUAUGGAUCUGUUUGCAUCUAUGGGUUUAGUUUCCUCUGCUCCCCGUACGGCUGCUGGUAGCAUUGCCAAGCCUGAAGCUUCCAAGAAGAAGCCUCUGGUUGUCUCCAAGGCUGGUGGUAGGCUUGGGGCGGUGAGAAAGGGAGGCUCGGCAGCUUCGGCACCAGCUUCGGUAGAACCAGAAGGUUUGGCCCCAGGCUCGAUGCUUGGUUCGGUGGAAUCGCCCCCGGAUCUGGCUGCAACCUCUGCCUCAGGUGCCGUUUCAGGUGAUUCUUCAGGUGCCCUCUCUGUUGCAGUUUCACCUGGGGAUGGCGGACAGAUGACAAUGGACUUUGCAGCAGGGGCUGCUGGGGAGGAAAAAUCCGUUUCCUCCCCACAGCCGAAACCCCUAACACCAAUAGUUUCUCCUGCUGCUACUCCUGCUACUGCUGCUCUUACUGGUGAUCAUGAUAAUAAGGCUGGUGCUGAUGCAGAAGCUGCUGCAGCUGUUGCCUGUCGUCCUGAGAUCAGUAUCUUGGGUCUGUACGUGUCAGUGCUGCGAGAGCUUAUGGGAGAAGGACCCGAGCUUCAUAUGCAUGCUCGUCCUGACGGGUUAGCUCAGACGAUUAUGAGAGAUGAGGCAUCUCAGAACGUGAGUGUGCAUGUGCGUUCAGACAGGUUACCUCAGGCGAUUAUGAGAGUGAUUCUUUCAUUGGUGGAAGUGAGGGAGGGGGAGGUACGGCAGGUACUGAGUGAGAGAGAAGGGGGAAGUGAGGAGGAUGAGGAGGAGAGUGGGUGGGGACUUGAUUUAUCAGGAGAUGAGGAUGAGGAUGAUGAAAAGGAGCAUGAGGAGGGGGAGAGUGGGUGGGGGCAUUUUGAGGUUCUUGUUGCAGCUGUGCGUUCUGCUGUCUGGAGGCUGCUGGUGCGUGUGGGAACACAGGAGGGGGAAUCUGGGCUGGCGCUAAGUGCCACACUUACCAGCGAUACUGCUGCACACUCCCCUGUGGUGCAAAGUGCCACACUUAGAGUGGCUGUUUUGGAUGCAGUGAAGGCUGUAGCUCCAGUCUCGUCUGACCUAUCAGCACCUGCCACGUGGCUCUCUGGGAGAGGGUUCUUUGUGGACGCUGUAGGGCUUGGGGUGAUGAGCGGUGUAGAGGGGUGCUGGGGAGUGUGGGAUUUGGAAGAGGGGGAAGGGGAUCAGGAUGACGUGGCAUUGGACAGGUGGCGCUGGGCGGCGCUGCAAUCGAGGGCAAUCGUGCAGUUUGAUUGGCCGGGAGAGCUCGCUGAUGUGGCGCCGCUGCUGGAUGACGUGGCAGCAGACGGCAGCUUCGGAAGCAUAGGCUCGGCAGUGGAGUCUUUCAAACGAGCCUUCUUCAUCCUGGAUAGCGGCGCAAGGGGGAGGCAAACGAAUGCAGCGGAUACUCAAACUCAACAGCAGCAGCAGCAGCAGCAGCAGCAGCAUCGUGAGCUAUCGCUCCUGGCUCUUCUUGCCUUAUGGGACCCUCUCCUCGCUCCCAAAUGGUGCCAUUCCGCUACCACCACCGCUGCUGCCAAUGCUGCUGGCAAUGCUGCUGGCUCUGAUAGCACUUCUGCCGCCGCCGCUGCUGCGGCAGCUGGGUUGCAUCCGCUGCACGAGUGCUGGUUUCUUCCUAUCCGCCGCUGCGCUCUCUCUCUCCCUGUUGUCGCAGCAGCAGCACCAACAGGAGCAGGAGGAGCGUCAGCAGGAGCAGCAGCAGCAGCACAGGGUGCUCUCCUUGUGCCAUCGCUGCUGCUCUCUGCUCUUGACGCUGCUGCCUUCCUGCCUUCAGGCAAGAGGGCAGCAGGGCGAAUGCUGCUCUCUCGAGAUGAAGCAGAGCAACUUUUGGCUGAUACCGCUGCUGCUGGGAACAGUAACAGCGGUAACAGGGUUACCAGCAGUAUCAGCGGUGGCAAUGGUAACAGUGGUAACAGCAGUGCCCUAACAGCAGCCUCUCAAGCGGCUCUGUUCAUGCUUAAAGUGGCUCUGUUGCUGCCGUACCCCCAGAUGGCGGAUGCUCAUUCGGUGGUGGUUCGGCCGCUGCUGGGAGCUAUGGCAAGGGUUAUCCCCCCUCUGGCGGUUCAGUUGCAGGAGGAACGGAGGAGGGAGAGAGAGCGGGUGGAGCGAGGGGGGGUGGAGAGCGAGGUGGGGGAGGGAGGGGAUGUGGCGAGGAGGAAUGGAGGUGUAGGGAGUGAGGAGGUGGAGAGGGGGGUGGGGUUGGGAGGAGGGAGGAGGGAGGGGAGAGAGACUGAAGGAGUGAGGAGGGGUGGUGGGGGGUGGAUUGGGGAUGAGGAAAGAGAGGAGGAUGAGGAGGGAGAAGAGGGCAUUGCAGGGUAUCAGCAGAGGGGUGAGCAGCAGCAGCAGGGGCAGAGCGAGCAGCAGGCGCAGAGGAGAGGCAUGCUGGGAUCACUCCUCUCUCAUAUCAGCGCCCUUGCACCUUUGCCAACGGGGGAUGAUGAUGAUGGUGGUGAUGGGGAUGGGGAUGGGGAUGGGGUUGAGCGGUGGUGGUGGUGGUGGUGGUGGUGGUGGUGGUGGUGGUGGUGGUGGUGGUGGUGGUGGUGUGGUGGUGGUGGUGGUGGUGGUGGUGGUGGUGGUGGUGGUGGUGGUGGUGGUGGUGGUGGUGGUGGUGGUGGUGGUGGUGGUGGUGGUGGUGGUGGUGGUGGUGGUGGUGGUGGUGGUGGUGGUGGUGGUGGUGGUGGUGGUGGUGGUGGUGGUGGUGGUGGUGGUGGUGGUGUGGUGGUGGUGGUGGUGGUGGUGGUGGUGGUGGUGGUGGUGGUGGUGGUGGUGGUGGUGGUGGUGGUGGUGGUGGUGGUGGUGGUGGUGGUGGUGGUGGUGGUGGUGGUGGUGGUGGUGGUGGUGGUGGUGGUGGUGGUGGUGGUGGUGGUGGUGGUGGUGGUGGUGGUGGUGGUGGUGGUGGUGGUGGUGGUGGUGGUGGUGGUGGUGGUGGUGGUGGUGGUGGUGGUGGUGGUGGUGGUGGUGGUGGUGGUGGUGGUGGUGGUGGUGGUGGUGGUGGUGGUGGUGGUGGUGGUGGUGGUGGUGGUGGUGGUGGUGGUGGUGGUGGUGGUGGUGGUGGUGGUGGUGGUGGUGGUGGUGGUGGUGGUGGUGGUGGUGGUGGUGGUGGUGGUGGUGGUGGUGGUGGUGGUGGUGGUGGUGGUGGUGGUGGUGGUGGUGGUGGUGGUGGUGGUGGUGGUGGUGGUGGUGGUGGUGGUGGUGGUGGUGGUGGUGGUGGUGGUGGUGGUGGUGGUGUGGUGGUGGUGGUGGUGGUGGUGGUGGUGGUGGUGGUGGUGGUGGUGGUGGUGGUGGUGGUGGUGGUGGUGGUGUGGUGGUGGUGGUGGUGGUGGUGGUGGUGUGGUGGUGGGUGGUGGUGGUGGUGGUGGUGGUGGUGGUGGUGGUGGUGGUGGUGGUGGUGGUGGUGGUGGUGGUGUGGUGGUGGGUGGUGGUGUGGUGGUGGUGGUGGUGGUGGUGGUGGUGUGGUGGUGGUGGUGGUGGUGGUGGUGGUGGUGGUGUGGUGGUGGUGGUGGUGGUGGUGGUGGUGGUGGUGGUGGUGGUGGUGGUGGUGGUGGUGGUGGUGGUGGUGGUGGUGGUGGUGGUGGUGUGGUGGUGGUGGUGGUGGUGGUGGUGGUGGUGGUGGUGGUGGUGGUGGUGGUGGUGGUGGUGGUGGUGGUGGUGGUGGUGGUGGUGGUGGUGGUGGUGGUGGUGGUGGUGGUGGUGGUGGUGGUGGUGGUGGUGGUGGUGGUGGUGGUGGUGGUGGUGUGGUGGUGGUGGUGGUGGUUGUGA